AUGGCUGAUGUGCUCUCGACUUGUUUCUGCUACUGCAAGGCAAUCAGGUUAGCAGCUGUUGGUGCUACCGCCAGCGCAGCGACGAGACCCGAGGCGAUGCGUUGCGAUGCGCUGCGAUUCGACACGAUCGGGAUACUCUGGUGGCAGGUACCGCAUACCUGCUCAAGCUGCUGCACCUGCCCGCCUGGCGAGCUUGUCCUCCCGGCCAGGCCUUGUACCCCCGUUGCACCCACGAACGCCUCCAGCGGGUGCAAGUACCUGUACCUGUGCCUGUGCUCGCGCUGCUGGCCCGUCCAUUGGCCCGCAGCCAAGGCACGGCGAAAUGAGUGGCUGGUGCAGGAAGGCGCGCGGGCAAUCGGAAGGGCCAACGCGAGGCCCUUUCGGGGCGCUGAUUGGCUGCGAGCGGAGCCCCAGCAGUUCCCAGCCGGUGUCUCUGUCUUCAUUUCUUUUAUCGGAAGCUGCUCACCGGAGGUGGCGGUACCGGUACACGACAGCUCGUACCGGAGCAAUCUCUCCCAAGAGCCACAAUCGUCCUGCGGAAGCCACGGUAACGGUACGAGCAGCUGCCUGAAGGAUCCAUGGGAAGAACCGGCAGGGCAAAAGGUUCAUGUCAUGUUCCCUCGGAGCCUUGCUGCGCUGCGUUGCGUGUACACGCCUGAGGUAGUGGUACUAGCCCCGCUAGCGCUGGCCCGUGCGCCGCUCGACCUGCUGCGGACUCCCGAGCACACGGUGCGACGACUGCAGGACGCUCGAAACCGGACACUAUGCGCUGUGCAACACCACGGCAUGCAUCGCACAGUGCAGCGCUGCGUCGCGAACCCGCGGCUCACACGGCCACGCCCCUCUGCGCCCCCGGCCGUGAUGGCGCCACCCAGGCGGCGGUAUCAGUACUCGGCCCAGCCUCCAACUUUGCCCGCGCCGCAAAGUAUCACCAACCUCGCCAUCCUCAAGCCUCAUCAACACACGCCCCCCACCCCCCCUCUGAGUGUGCGCCGCCCCACUCUUCCUGCCGCCAAGCUUUUCCCGUGCCCUCGUCACUGA